AUGUCGGCGCGCGAGGUGGUGGCCGGCUGUCAGGGUGAAGGAGUGGGGCAGAUGAAGGAGUUCUUGCUGGCCACCAAGAACGAGAGAGGAGUGAGGGUGGAUGACUACUUCUCCGGAGAAAAAAUCUCUCUUUCUCACUUAGGUGUCCAUAUUUACCAGAACAUGUACGGCUGUGAAUGGGAUGAAGAGACCAAUAAGGUCAAGGGUUAUUAUCAGUACGGUUAUGAUGGAGAAGACUUCAUAUCAUUUGACCUGCAGACAGAGCAAUGGAUCGCUGCAAAACAGCAGGCUGUUCUCACCAAACAGGAGUGGGAUCAGGACAGAGUUUGGACAGCACAGAACAAGAACUACCUGACUUAUGAGUGUCCUGAGUCGCUGAAGACGCUCUUGAAGUACGGGAGGAGCUCUCUGAUGAGAACCGAGCGUCCCUCGGUGUCUCUCCUCCAGAAGACUCCCUCCUCUCCAGUCAGCUGCCACGCUACAGGUUUCUACCCCGACAGAGCCGACCUCUUCUGGAGCAAAGAUGGAGAGCAGCUCCAUGAGGACGUGGACCUCGGAGAGAUCCUCCCCAACCACGACGGGACCUUCCAGAUGAGGGUUGACCUGAAACUGUCCUCCGUCCCUGCUGAAGACUGGAGGAGGUACGACUGUGUGUUCCAGCUGUCUGGUGUGGACGAGAACAUCGUCACCAAACUGAACAAGACCAGGACCAACAGGGAGAAGCCUGCUGGCUCCACCUCCAUCAUCAUCAUCAUCAUCAUCGCUGUGGCUGUUCUUGUCGUCAUCAUCGCUGCUGUGGUUGGAUUCAAGGUUUACAGAAACAGGAACGCCAAACGCCGCCCUUCUUCUUCUUCUUCGUUUUCUUCCUCUGACGGCUUUGAGCUCUCUGAGGAAGUGAAUCCUAACCUUUGAAGUCGGCGUCCUGCACACAGUUUAUGGGUGAAUAUUGCUCUGAAUCAACAAGCGAUGCUCCACAUUUUUCUCCAUAAACUGUCAAUUUAUGGCUCAUCUUUCAUUUAAAAGUCUGAAUCAGGGUUGGUGAACAUCUGGAAACUGAAGAAACAUCAAUAGUCACAUUUAAUUAUUUGUAUAGUUUGGUUUUAAUAAAAAGGUUGAAAUGAAAUAAAACGAGGAGGAUUAUUUUAGGAGACGUUCAAAUCAAUAAAAGCAUCAAAGUGCUCACAGACUAGUGUGUUCAUCUCAAACAAAUCCACCAUAUUUACUCUUUAAUACUUCUGCUGUUUGGGUUGAAUCAUUGUUGGUAACAAACGUGUAAAUACACGCACACACACACACACACAAAAUAUAGA